GGUGUUCUGGGGGAGGUGAAGAAGGAGAGGGAGGGAGGUAGAGAGACCUAGGCGGACAACAGCAGCAGGAGCAGCAGCAGAGGGAGGUUGGACCGGGAACAAUAGAGAGAAACGAAGCCAGCCCUGAAACAGCAAACAAACCGAGAGGGCGAAGAGACAAGAGAAAGAAAGAAAACAGUAGAGAGGAGGUGAUGGAGGGAGAAGGAGGUGAAGGCAGAUCAUGUGAGGAAUAAAAAACACGGGAUUUUUGUCCUGAUCGGAGGGGCUUUAUCUCCCUUUUCCUCCCCUUUACCCCCAUUUUUAAAGAGAAACCCCAGUCUUUCUUUGUCGCUGGAUUGUAUUGAACCGGGUUCCGGCAUGAAUCCUGCAGAAGCGGCCGAGGAGGCGCCCAGCGACCCGGACACUGAUGCCUUCUACAAAACAGGAUCCUCCAGGACUGAAGGCAUCAGGGCAUCUGACGUCCUUCCUGUGCUGAAGGAAAAAGUCGCCUUCGUGUCAGGUGGGCGAGACAAACGAGGAGGACCAAUCCUGACGUUUCCUGCCAGGAGUAAUCACGACCGGAUAAAACAGGAAGACCUGAGGAGGCUGGUGACCUACCUGUCCACUGUCCCCAGUGAGGAUGUCUGUAAACGUGGCUUUACCGUCAUCAUCGACAUGCGUGGGUCCAAGUGGGAGCUGAUAAAACCUCUGCUGAAGACCCUGCAGGAGUUUUUCCCGGCGGAGAUCUGCGUGGCACUCAUCAUCAAACCAGACAACUUCUGGCAGAAACAGAAAACCAAUUUUGGGAGCGCCAAAUUCUCCUUUGAGACCAGCAUGGUGUCAGUCGAAGGUCUGUCCAAACUGGUGGAUCCGUCCCAGCUGACGGAUGACUUUGAGGGCUCUUUGGACUACAAUCACGAGGAGUGGAUGGAUCUGAGAGUCUCCCUAGAGGAGUUCAUGUCCAGUGCUGUCCAUCUGCUGUCCAGACUAGAAGACCUGCAGGAGCUUCUGUCCAAAAAGGAAUUUCCUGCAGAUGUGGAAGGGUCUCGACGGCUGAUAGAAGAACACACCCAGCUGAAAAAGAAGGUGCUGAAGGCUCCAGUGGAGGAGUUGGACCGAGAAGGCCAAAGGUUGCUGCAGUGCAUUCGAUCCAGUGAUGGUUUUUCAGGGAGAAACUGCAUCUCUGGCUCUGCUGACUUUCAGAGUCUGGUGCCAAAGGUGGCCAGCCUGCUGGACAAGCUUCACUCCACCAGACAGCACCUCCAUCAGAUGUGGCACGUCAGGAAACUGAAGCUGGACCAGUGUUUCCAGCUGCGCCUCUUCGAACAAGACGCAGAGAAGAUGUUUGACUGGAUCAGUCACAACAAGGAGGUCUUCCUGCAGAGCCACACAGAGAUCGGCCGAGGAUACCAACACGCCGUGGAGCUGCAGACGCAACACAACCACUUUGCUAUGAACUCCAUGAAUGCCUACGUCAACAUCAACAGAAUCAUGUCUGUGGCGAGCCGACUGGCGGAGGCUGGUCACUACGCUUCCACCCAGAUAAAGCAGAUCUCGGGUCAGUUAGAUCAGGACUGGAAGAGCUUUGCCGCAGCGUUGGACGAGCGCUCCACCAUCCUGGCCAUGUCGUCUGUCUUUCACCAAAAGGCCGAACAGUUCCUGUCAGAGGUGGAGGCCUGGUGUAAAGUCUGCAGUGAGGGAGGUCUGCCCUCUGAGAUGCAGGAGCUGGAGCUGGCCAUCCACCGUCACCAGAGUCUGUAUGAGCAGGUCACCCAGGCCUACACCGAGGUGAGUCAGGAUGGUAAAGCCCUGCUGGACGUCCUCCAAAGACCCCUGAGUCCUGGCAAUUCUGAAUCGCUGACAGCCACUGCCAAUUACUCCAAAGCGGUUCACUGCAUCCUGGAUGUGGUUCAUGAAGUUCUGCACCACCAACGGCGCCUGGAGAACAUUUGGCAGCACCGGAAAGUCCGACUGCACCAGAGGCUGCAGCUGUGUGUGUUCCAGCAAGAUGUCCAACAGGUGAUGGACUGGAUCGAGAACCAUGGCGAGGCGUUUCUCAGCAAACACACUGGUGUUGGGAAGUCUCUGCACAGAGCCAGGGCGCUGCAGAAGAGACACGACGAUUUUGAAGAUGUAGCUCAGAACACUUACACUAACGCAGACAAACUGCUGGAGGCAGCCGAGCAGCUGGCUCAGACUGGUGAAUGUGACCCAGAGGAAAUCUACAAAGCAGCCCGACACCUGGAGGUCCGGAUCCAGGACUUUGUUCGGCGAGUGGAACACAGGAAGCUGCUGCUCGACAUGUCUGUCUCCUUCCACACACACACCAAGGAGCUGUGGUCCUGGAUGGAGGAGCUACAGAAGCAGCUGUUGGACGACGUGAGCUGCGACUCGGUGGACUCGGUUCAAACUCUGAUCCAGCAGUUUCAGCAGCAGCAGACAGCCACGCUGGAGGCCACGCUUAAUGUGAUUAAAGAAGGAGAGGAGUUGAUACAGCAGCUCAGAGAUGCAGCCAUGUCGACCAACAAGACACCCCACUGCAGUUCCAUUGCCCACAUCCAGGGGGUGCUGCAGCAACUUGAUGAGGCCCAAGGCCAGAUGGAAGAGCUGUUCCACGAGCGGAAAAUCAAACUGGACAUCUUCCUCCAGUUACGCAUCUUUGAGCAGUACACCAUAGAGGUAACAGCAGAGUUAGACGCCUGGAACGAGGAUCUCUCCCGUCAGCUGAACGAUGCCGGCCGUUCUGGCAGCAGCAGCAGCAGUAGCAGCAGCAGCAGCAACGGCUCCACUAGCGGCGCGGAGGACAUUGGGCUGGCGGAGCAGCGGCUGAAGCGGCACGCGGAGAGGAAGGCGGCCAUGAACAACAUGACCUAUGAAGUGAUGCAGCAGGGCCAAGACUUACACCAGUACAUUAUGGAAGUUCAGGCUUCAGGAAUUGAACUGACUGGUGAGAAGGACAUGGACUUGGCCUCUCAGGUCCAGGAGCUGCUAGAGUUUCUACACGAGAAGCAGCAGGAGGUAGACCUCAACGCCCAGCGCACGCACACACGGCUGGAGCAGACCCUGCAGCUGCGCCAUCUACAGGCCGAGGUGAAACAGGUGUUGGGUUGGAUUCGUAAUGGAGAGUCAAUGCUGAACGCCAGCAUGGUGAAUGCCAGCUCUCUGUCUGAGGCAGAGCAGCUGCAGAGGGAACAUGAACAGUUCCAGAUGGCUAUAGAGUUACUUCAUUAUGCUUUGACUUUGAAGAAGCCUGUUCACAGCUCCCCGCCGCGUCAGCAGAAGGCAGAGAUGAUGCUCCAGGCCGGUCACUACGAUCCAGAGGCGAUCCGAGGCUGUGCCGAGAAAGUGGCCGUCCACUGGCAACAGCUGAUGCUGAAGAUGGAGGACCGCCUGAAGCUUGUCAACGCCUCCGUAGCCUUCUACAAAACGUCGGAGCAGGUCUGCAGUGUGUUGGAAAGUCUGGAGCAGGAAUACCGUCGGGACGAAGACUGGUGCGGCAGCCAUGAUAAACUGGGAACUUCUACCGACAGUGACCAUCUCCUGCCGUUGAUCAGUAAACACCUGGAGCAGAAGGAGGCUUUUCUUAAGGCCUGCACUCUGGCUCGCAGGAACGCCGAAGUGUUCCUGAAGUACAUUCACAGGAACAAUGUGAGCAUGCCUGGAGCGGCCGGUCACACUAGAGGGCCUGAGCAGCAGGUCAAAGCCAUCCUGAAUGAGCUCUUGCAGAGAGAAAACCGAGUUCUUCACUUCUGGACGCUGAAGAAGCGAAGGCUGGACCAGUGUCAGCAGUACGUGGUGUUUGAACGCAGCGCCAAGCAGGCCCUUGACUGGAUCCAGGAGACCGGUGAGGUCUACUUGGCCACACACACAUCACCUGGUGAGGGCAACGAGGAGACGCAGGAACUCCUCAACAACCACUACCAUUUCAAGCUGUCUGCAAAGCAAACCAAGGAGAAGGUGAAGCUUCUGAUUCAGUUAGCAGACAACCUGGUGGAGAAGGGACACGCUCACGUGUCAGAGCUGAAGAGAUGGGUCAGCACGGUGGACAGGAGGUACAGGGACUUCUCUGUACGCAUGGCCAAAUACCAGGAGAGCCUGGAGCGGAGUCUGGGGAUCAGCUCUGAGGACAACAAGGACCUGGAGUUGGACAUCAUUCCUGCCAGCUUGACAGACGACCCUGAAGUCAAACUUCGUGAUCCAAAUCAUGAGGUCAGCGAGGAGAAAAGGAAGUCUGCAAGAAAGAAGGAGUUCAUCAUGGCGGAGCUUCUGCAGACUGAGAAGUCCUACGUCAAAGAUCUCCAGGAAUGUCUGGAGACCUACCUGUGGGAGAUGACCAGCGGUGUGGAGGAGAUUCCCCCAGGUAUCGUCAACAAAGAGCACAUCAUCUUCGGGAACAUGCAGGAGAUCUACGACUUCCACAACAAUAUUUUUCUAAAGGAGCUGGUGAACUACGAGCAGCUGCCAGAAGACGUCGGUCACUGUUUCGUCACCUGGGCGGAUAAGUUCCACAUCUAUGUGGAUUACUGUAAGAAUAAACCUGACUCCAGUCAGCUGGUACUGGAACACGCCGGCACCUUCUUUGACGAGAUCCAACAGAGACGUGGACUGGCCAACUCCAUCUCCUCCUACCUCAUCAAACCAGUCCAGAGGAUCACCAAGUACCAACUACUGCUGAAGGAGUUGCUGUCCUGCUGUGAGGAGGGUAAAGGGGAGAUCAAAGAUGGUUUGGAGGUGAUGCUCAGCGUUCCUAAAAGAGCUAAUGAUGCCAUGCAUCUGGCCAUGUUGGAAGGUUUUGAGGAGAACCUGGAAGUUCAGGGUGAACUCAUCCUGCAGGACAGUUUCCAGGUUUGGGAUCCACGCUCUCUGAUCAGGAAGGGCAGAGAUCGACACCUCUUCCUGUUUGAGUUUUCGCUUGUCUUCAGCAAGGACAUCAAAGACUCAGCGGGCAGAACCAAGUACCAGUACAAGAACAGACUACUGACGUCAGAGUUGGGGGUGACCGAGCACAUUGAGGGCGACCCUUGUAAAUUUGCUCUGUGGGCGGGAAGAACUCCGUCCUCCGACAACAAAACAGUGCUUAAAGCAUCCAGUAUGGAAGCCAAACAGGAGUGGAUCAAAAACAUCAGGGAGGUGAUUCAGGAGAGAAUGACUCACCUGAAGGGGGCGCUCAAGGAGCCUCUUCACUUGCCUAAAACACCAGCACUGACCAAACCGAGGAACAACACAAAGAGGGAGGCAGGUGAGGAUGGUGACAGUCAGGGAGAUGGCAGCAGCCAACCAGACACCAUCUCCAUCGCUUCCAGGACGUCACAGAACACUGUAGACAGCGACAAGCUCUCUGGUGGCUGUGAGCUGACGGUGGUUCUCCACGACUUCACAGCAGGAUGCAGCACAGAGAUGUCAGUCAGCACAGGUCAGACGGUGGAGCUUCUGGAGAGGCCCAGCGAGCGUCCAGGCUGGUGUCUGGUUCGUACCACAGACCGCAGCCCACCACAGGAGGGUCUGGUUCCCAGCUCUGCUCUCUGCGUGUCCCACUCUCGCUCCAGUGUGGAGAUGGACUGUUUCUUCAGCUCAGGAAAAGGUAGGAACAAAAAAGUUCAACCUAAAACAUUAGUUUGUUAGAAUUCGAUCACUUCCAUUCUAUUCUCGUUCAGUUUGAGUAACGUUGACAGAAUAAAUACGCCUGCGGUCCUGUGGCUUUAACCUGGUGUUCUUAUGCCAAAGGGUUGUACAGUUUAUUUUAGCAUAAGCUAAUGUGUUGCUCAGCAAAGAAUAUUGAAAAACCUGCCAAAGGUUAUCUAAAAACCUUAGAAAGUCGUGUAAAAAUAGCAAUUUCUAAAGUUUGACUCUUCUGGAUAUCUUAAAACAUAAUCAUUUUUCUAAAUAACAAAAAAAGUGUACAUGGAAUUAUGAUAAAGAUGCUGCCCACAUUGCAAGGUCAAAGGUUAUCUCAGCUGUGCUAGUCAAUUAUGUAUUAAAAUUAUUAAGUAGGCGGCAACGCUGAGUUUAAAUCCAUACAUGAGGGGACGUUCAUGUGGAUUUAUGUCAGAAACACACAUUACCUCUGAGGUCCAAUAGCAAUAAGCAAUUCGGUACAUUUUUGAGGUUCUCAAAUAUCUUGAAAUAUGUCAAUAAUAAUUAUUAUAAUAAUAAUUUAGCUCCUUAUUUGUCCCCUUUGGGAACAACAUAUCCCUACGUUUGUUUAGUUUGUUUCCAUUGUAGAAUAAAUAAAAGUUGAUCAAAUGCACACCUUCUAUUUAAUUUAAUUCACAUUUUUUACUGAUUUAAUAAUUUAAUGUUUGUUACAUAAAACUCCAGUGAAAUAGACCUGCAUUGACCUCUGUUGGUUGGAUAUAGAAACUGCAGAACUCUCCUGUUUAAAGCCUGUUUAUUGUAGGUGUAUUCACACACUGAUGCCACAGCAGAGACUAAAACCUGGUCAGUCCUGUUAUUUAUGCAUUAUUUAUUCAGAGCUUUAUGCAAAAAUCGAUCUAGUUUGUUUCACAUGUUCAUCAAGGUGAAGAGGUGUUUGGCUUUGGUAUCUAUCUGUUUGGUAAAAUGGUUGUUAAUGUGAGCAGUUGCAAAUGUAUGUUUGGUGAACUUUAAAAAAGACGUUAAUCUGAACCUGAUUAAUCUGACGUGACACUGUUAUAGGCAAUAAACAAACCCUUGAGUUAGAAUGUUGAAGAUAUAUAAAGACAACAAUAGUCUGGCUUUGAGACGUGGUUGUGAGGUGGUCGUCCUCCUCCCUUUCCUCAUUUUUAUUCAGAGUUAUCUUUUUAGUCGCAUUGCUGCCACCCACUGGUUUGUGUUUCUGCUUACGCAGAAAUGUGACAACUUACUAAGUGUAAAUGUCAACAGAGGGCAGCAUGCUGGGCACAAACUCACCCCAAUGCACCUGUAGAAUUUACUAUAGGGCGGUACAGUUAUAUAACUGCAGUUUCUUUUUUAGGUGUUACUUCGAACAGUGCUCGUCUUAUUUGCCUUGCAAUUUUUGUCUUUUUAUUACUGGUGAGGAAAAAUUCUCUCUCUAAUGUGUUGCUGUAGAAACAUGCAAAUUCAGGCUUUGUGACCGUUACACAUGGAAAUAAACACAAAAACACACACACACACUAUUACAUUUGAAUAUUACAGGUCCCCUCUGUACACGAGCGUGACUGUGAUUAAUUGAAUUGUUCCUCAUUUGUUAAUAACGAGUCAAACUGUUAAUUAACCCUAAGACUCUAAUUAACGGCUGCUGAGUAAAAUUCAACCCCAGCCUUCGCUCUGAAGGAGUGUGUGUGUGUGUGUGUGAAGUCUCAUGACUGCUGCUCUAUAAAGUAGGUCUCCUUGUCCUUUUCUCCACUACUGUAAAGACACAGGAGACAAGUUUGUGGCCUUUUUUAUUUAGUUAUAUGGCAUACGAAAUAUGUAAUGUUUAAAAUAUAUAUAUAAAUUAUAGUCAUUAUCAACCUAAUAAUAUUAUAUACUGUUUUAUACAUAAUGCUGGUUUAAAGGCAUCACCUGUCCUGGAGCUGUGAUAGUUGUUUCCCACUCGCCAUUUUAAUUAAAACCCACUGUUCCCUGUUGCUCCAUCUGACAACUGUGGUGUGUCCUCCAGCAUAGAUGUGUAACGUAGGUCUGUCAAAAUAAAGG